AUGUGCAACAACCGCGUGAGGCUCGAGCCGUUGCUGCCACCCGAGCAAAAGGCCCAUUCGCGACAGCACUAUGUCGGGCUCGCCUACAAUACCGCCGCGACGUUGACCUUUGGCCUCGUCUCGGUGCUUGUGAAGCUCGCCGGCCUUCCCACGCCACUCAUGCUUCAGGUGCGCUCGUUGACGCAGUGGAGCAUGGCCCUGGUGGCCGUCGCGCUGCGCCUUCGACGCGUGCGCCAGCAAUCGCCCCCAGCGCCAUCCCUCCCGAUAGCCAUCAGCUCGCCGUCGCCGCCUCCCUCCGCUGCAGACCUCCUCUUUGCGCCUGCUGGGCACCGUGUGCUACUUGUACUCCGCUCCUUGAUGUACUGGGCCUUUAUGAUGCUCUGGUGGGCGGCGCUGGUGCACAUGCCACCCGGCGAUGCGGUUGCAAUCGUCUACCUCAACCCGAUCCUCACCGCCAUCUUUGCCUCGAUCCUGCUCUCCGAGCCAAUCAACGCGGCCGUGCCGUACUGUUGCGUCCUCGCCACGGCUGGAGUCGCCCUUAUCGUCCGGCCCUCUUUCCUCUUUGGUGGCGCGCCUGUGACACCAGCCUACGCCACGGGCCUCAGCCUCGCCUUUGGCUCUGCAGUGAUGGCGGGACUGCUUCCCCUCGCCGUGCGCAAGUCGAAAGACGUUCACUGGAGCACCGUCGAGCACAUCACCGCCAUCCUCGCCUCCUUUGUCUUCACGCCCGUCUUCCUCAUCUCUUGGCUCGCCACGCCCGGCAGUGGCGAGGGCACCGUCCCCGAUAAGCUCGGGCGGCUCCUCGAGCCCGGCGGGCUCCUGUGCAGCUGGCGCUCGGCGCUGGUGGUUCUCAUCGCCGGCAUUGGCUUCUUUGGGCUCGCGAUGCAGACGAGCGGAUAUCAAAAGGUGGAGUCGACGGCAACUGCGGCGGUGAUGGCCUACCUGGAGGUACCAUUCGUCUUUCUUCUCCAGUCGCUCUUCUUUGGUGAGGCUGCCGACGCGGUCAAGCUGCUCGGCGUCACGCUCCUCGUAGCCUCGGGCGUGCUCAACCUGUGGCACGGCGAGAUCGCUCGGAUCGUUGGGGGGAGGCGGCGGGCGGAGUUUAAUUAG